CUGAGGUGCAAUGUAAUGAAACCAAAGGAGUGAAGCCACAACAGGCUCACAAACAUUACUGGAUAAAAAUAUAUCUAUAAUUUUUUUAAUUUGUGUGUGAAAGUAAUUGAUAUGUUCAAUGGAUCGUAUGGAUAUGAAGAACCUAAAAGCAAAGAGGAGCGUGACGAAUUUAGGAAUAAAUUACGUCAGCACAAGAAUGAAAUCAAUAACCCUUGUAUAAAGGAAAAUGAUAUGGUUUUCAAGUGCUUGGAGAACAACAACUAUCAGCAUGACAAAUGUACUGACUAUUUUCAGAACUACAACAGUUGCAAAACUUUUUGGGGAAAAAUCCGUGCAGAGAGAAGACAGCAGGGUAAAGUGCCUCAUCUGCCUCCACUUGAGGAACGUGAAAAGAUUCGAGCUCACUAUGUGACAAGUAAGAAGUCUGCAAACACUUAGUGGCUGAGUUUGCAAGCAAAAUGUGGCAGAAAUAUUAUGCAAUGAAACUUCAUCAACUUGUAUAACAUUAUCUAGGAUCUCAUCAAAGUGAAAUACUAGUGAACUCUCAAUUGCAGUGGUUUAUUGGAAAUUUUUCAUACUUUAGAACUUUAGCAUAUAUCUGUCACUAUUUUCCUUACUGUCAAUGAUUUACUUUUAUAUACCAAUUAUUGAAUUAAAGGUACAUAUAAUUAUCUUCCACAAAACUUGGUUAAGUUACUAUAUUAUAUUUUCAUUUAAUUAUAAAGCAAAAUAAUUUAAACUAUUCUUUUUACCAGAAAAUGUUGAACUUUUCAUGUCACUGUAUAUAUAGAUUUGACUGCUUUGCAAGUUACAGAAAAAGACUCAAGUAAACCACUUCAUUUCAAUAA